AUGCAAUUCGCCAAUGCUUUUUUCGUUAAUUCAUGGCGGGCGCAUUAUCAGCGCGAGCGGUCGAGAGGGUACAAUGAAGAGAAGGAAGUGAAUAGUUGGGAGCGUGCUAUCAAAUUGUGUAUGACAGUGCCGUGCCACCACUGCAGUGACAUACUCCGGUUUGUGGACAGAGCCACAACGGAAGACAUUUUAGACGUUGUUGGCCUGGGAUGUGCAGCUGAGCGGUCGAGAGGGUACAAUGAAGAGAAGGAAGUGAAUAGUUGGGAGCGUGCUAUCAAAUUGUGUAUGACAGUGCCGUGCCACCACUGCAGUGACAUACUCCGGUUUGUGGACAGAGCCACAACGGAAGACAUUUUAGACGUUGUUGGCCUGGGAUGUGCAGCUGUGCAUUCGAAGUUGUAUUAUUUCUGA